AUGUAGGAAGUCAUAUUGACUAAUGAUGCCAAAGCUAAAGUACUCCAUGACUAUUUAUCUCAAACUUAUGUUCCAUAACUCAGUGAUCAUCUUUUUAAGACAGAUGAAUACCUAAAGUAGGAAUCAGAAGAUUUUGAAAAGAUCAUUAAUUAAAGUGACGAAUUAACAGAAGAGCUAGUUGAAAAAAAAACAAUUAUUAGUCGAACUGUUAAAUAGUUAAUCGAUAAAAUUUAAUCUGAAUAAGAAAAACUCAAAAAAAGUGAAACCUAUAAAAAAGGUAAGAAAGAUGAAUUGGCUGCUAUUCAAAAGGCUAUAGAUUCAAUUUCAAGUGCAAUGAAAGAAACUUGUUCAAAAAUUGAUUCUAAGGAACUUAAUAAGAUAGGCUAAUUGCCUCAAGGAAUGGAUUAAUUUAUGUCAAAAUUGUUCCAUAUCAUCUACAAUGAAGAUCAAGGUAAAUUCAACUGGGCUGAUUUCAAAAAGAAAGUGUUUGAUUAAGACAAAGGCGCUGACUUUUAAAGUAGAUUAGCUAACUUUUAAUUUAAGGGUGUAAGUUAAGAGAAAGAAAACUUAUUACUUGAGAUGAAGGCCGAUCCACAAUUCUAAAAAGUGUUUUAAGAUCCCUAAUACACAAAAGCAUUCUUAGAUAUUGCUGAUUGGAUUCACUUUGCAGUGUCAGGUAUUGAAAAUUAAAAAAAGAAGGACUAAUCAGCAGUUGAAUUUGAAAGGAUUGAUAAGGAAUUUGCAGGAAGAAAGGUUGAAUUAGAAAGUUAUUAAAGAACUCAUGACUUUUGGGUUUCAUAGCUGAAAUAUGUUGAGGAUCAACAAGUGUUAUUGCAUCAAUUGUAACCGAAUAUCAAGCAAGUAGCUCAAGAAAUUUAAGGCAGUAAAGUGUUAUUAGAAUAACAUAUUGGAAAAUUCAUAUAAGGAGCUGAGAAAGUCAAUGAGUUAAUGAUUCCAAACAUUUGAUAGUAGAGAUAAAAUAAUCAUUUAUAAGUCAUAAUUUUCACGAAAA